UAAAUGCCCUGCUUCGUAUCCAUCGUGUCCACCGUCUACCUCCUGCUUCACGCAAUGAAUUUCCCAACCGCUACGUCGAGGAAUGGCGUGUUUGUUCAAAAUAUUUGGCAGGAUGGCCGACAACGCUGAUAGGGAAUACCUUAGACUCCCAUCGUUCUGCAAAAGGUUUUCCGAGCUCCAUUCUAUGGAUGAGUUGCGUCUUCCACCUGAAUUUGUUGCACAACAUGGCGCGGAACUCCCGUUUGAUUGCCGACUUGUGAUGGCUAGGGGCAGGCCAUGGCCCGUGCGCCUCCUUCGGAUCGCUAGUGGAUGGCAAUUCCACGUGGGGUGGAAGGAAUUCCGUAUCCACAACCGCAUCGUGGAUGAAGACUUGUUAACAUUCACUUUGUGA